GUGGCUUUGUGUUUUACUCUGUGUACUUCACUUCUUCAUGCCCUUUCUGUAUUUGUUUUUACCUCUCUUGCUCAUUUCCCACCAGCCAUUGUGAUGCUGUUCACCCAGCUACGAAAUAAGAAAGCAAGCAAAGAACCCUUGAUUCUCUCUGAAGAGGACAUCAGAGAAAAUGUGGUGACCUAUGACGAUGAGGGAGGGGGAGAGGAGGACACAGAAGCCUUUGACAUUGCUGCACUUCGAAAUCCCAAAGCCUCUGAGCCUCGCAGGAAGUUCCACACAUACCUUGGUUGUGGACAAAGCCCAUACGGAGAGGAGGACAACGCCGAGGGGGAUGGGGAAGGCACUCUGGUGAUAAGGAGGAAGAAAGCACAGCAGGUCAAUUACAGGAGCUACAGCCCAGAGUCAGAACCUGCCUGGUUUGUCAUUGACUGUGUUCCUCGAGAGAUCAGCCAGUCUGCACCUUCGCUUCUGCUCGAUAGUCAUGACAUCAUUCAGGAGAUCAUCCAGCAGAAGGUUGCCGAAGCAGACUUAGACACACGUGGUCCACCAUAUGACUCAAUUCAGACAUAUGCCUAUGAAGGCCAUGGGUCUUUGACCGGUUCAGUCAGCUCUUUGGGCCUGACUGCGACAGUGCCCGAACUAAACUAUGCCAGCUUAGAAGACUGGGAGCCAGUGAGGCAAACGCUGGAACAUAUUCUCAGAGACCAGUUCGCUACAGACCAAGCUAACCCUGACACCUGAAGGUUUUUUUCAAUUAUUAUCAUUAUUAAUAUAUUUAUUUUUUACCUUUUCCCAAAUUUGCUGAAACAGAUUGCUUUUUACUUGUGAUAUUAAACCUUGGUGCAAGUAUACAAAAUUACGAAGUGAUGAUAAAAAAUUGGAGCGAUGAUAUCGUGAAAUCAGAGGACAGGAAAAGCCAUUUACUUUUAACAGGAGAGAAGAGCACAUACGCUGAAGGGAGAUUUUGGAGAAAACAUCCAAGCUCAAGUGAUUUUAUGAAAUGAAGGACAAAAUGCUAACUGAGAGAAAACCAGGUGUUUUAAAAUGACAGUUUACUCCGUCUGCUCUGCUUUUUUUUGUGUUAUUGGAUAUGGUACAUCUAGUCCUUGGCCCAAAGGACUCUAGACUUGAACUUUGCUGUUCCUGAAACUCCAGUCAUUUAAAAACCAUAGCACAGAUUAGUACCGUAGUUCAGGUCAUUAGUCAUCCAUUGGCUUGAAUUAUGGGAACAGGGAGUUUUACAGAUUUUUUAUUCAUAAAGUAAAAAAGACACAUGUGAGAGUGGCAGAUAUUCUAAAGGCCAAAGAAAGCUAAGCCCUUCCUCUGAAAAUGACUACAUUUGUUUUUUUUUUUUAUAAUAUAUGCAUUCUGUCGGGUCAUGAAACCAUAAAUAUGUUUGCAUGCACAUGGGGACAAAGGACCCUGAAGUAUCAUUUUAUAGGUGUGGAUUAGUGAGGGUUAGCUAAUCCAAAGAUCCAAGAAAUGAAACAUGAUCUCUCCUAACCAUUUUUUCCACUGCAGGAACUUAACUUGACCUGGGCUAUUAUAAACUACUGUUUACUUAGAUACUUAACAUACUACAUUUCUGUAGUUGUUCUUAACUGGUUCCAGUCUUAUGCCACCAACUUGAAAUCAUCAUUAGCUGAUCAGAUUAUGUUUUAUGAACCUAUGAUACAUCAUGUGGUAUU